GUUAUGCGUGAUCUGUUGGAUCUUGGAAGAAGAUACUAGAUCUAGACUAGCUAGUCUGUUCUGGUUUCUCCUAUCUCUAUUCCGAUGUCUCCCAUAACAGAGAGUGCCAUUAUUGUAUAAACACCAUGACAGAAGCUGCUACUACUGAUACCGAUACCCCCACCAUGAAGGCUGCCAUUUUGCACAAGAAUGGUGAUCCCCUAACCGAGGAAGUCUUGAGUUUGGAUGAUGUUCCCAUCCCAGAACCCAAGGAAGGAGAAUUCUUGGUCAAGAUUCAUGCUGCAUCGAUCAAUCCUGUGGAUUGGAAACUGAUGAAUGGAGACAUUCCUGGCUACAAGAGUGGGCCAACAGGCAGCGAUUUGGCUGGAACCAUUGAGAAAAUUGGACCCAACACUACUACUACCGAUCUCAAGGUUGGUGAUGCAGUCUAUGGUGAUUCAAUUGCCACCAAGGGAUCCUUUGGAGAAUACUGCAUUGUACCAGCAACUGUGGCAUCCAAGAAACCAUCCAAUAUUUCCUUUGCAGAAGCAGCGUCCUUGCCAUUGGCUGGACUGACAGCCUUGCAGGGACUCCAGAAUCAUGGCAACUUUGAAAAGGGACAAAAAGUUUUAAUCUACGGUGGAUCAGGUGGUGUGGGCUCACUGGCAAUUCAAAUGGCAAAGGCAUUGGGUGCUUCGGAAGUGUAUUCCACAGGAAGCAAUGUCGAACUUAUCAAAGGUUUGGGUGCUGAUGUUGUGGUCAACUACAAGGAAGAAUCCUUGAUGGAUGCCCUGAAAGGAAAGGACUUUGACUUGGUUUUUGAUACAAUUGGUGGACUAGAACACUGGCAAAUCGCACAAGCAUCCCUCAAGAAAGGAGGACGUUUCAUUACCGUGGUUGGGGACGGUGGCUCUUUGGUCUCCCUGAUUGCCAAAGCCACGUGGCGCAAAAUGUUAGGAAGUGUUGGACUGGGCAUCCCCUACGCAUUCUUUUUGACUGACACAACGUAUGAUGGACUUGGCAAAGACAUGGCUCAAAUGACAGAAAUGGUGGAAGGAGGAAAAGUCAAGGCUUUAUUGGAUGAACGACGAUUUGAAUUAACUCAGGAGGGACUGCAGGACUUUAUCAAGGCCAGUAUGUCGCACCGUGCAAAAGGCAAGCUGAUUCUACAAGUUCAGAAAGAGUAGAGUAGAAUAGACACAGCAAGUCCAGCUGGAGCAAGAGUUGUCUUCCGAGCGGUGAAUCCUGCAUAUUUUGUCUUUGAUGGGCUUCAAACUUCAUAGCAUAAGGUAACCGUUAAUGAAAUGCGCUUUC